AUGAAUCCGAAGGGAAACGACUGUGAACCCUGUUUAAGGGAAGAUAUCAAUGUUGAAGCUACUGUGUAUUGCCUGGAUUGUUCGGAGAAACUAUGUGAAGAUUGUAAAAGACACCAUAAGAAAAGUAAAUUAUUAUUAAAUCAUAAAUUGAUAGACACAAGUGAUGAACUAGCGGGCAAGAUUGAUUUAACAGACUGGGAGUAUUUAGCAAACUUAUCCAAAUGUCCAAUCCAUAGUACUGAAGGAGUGAAAUAUCUUUGUAAAAAUCAUGAUCAACUCUGCUGUAAUGAAUGCGCGAUUGUUAAUCAUAGAAAAUGUGAAGAUAUGGAAUCACUGGCUGAUGAAAUAAAAGUAAAACAGGACGAGAGCAAAGAAUCUACUAUUGCAAAAAGACUUGACACUGUCGAUAGUUAUGUUGAAAAGCUGAUUAAACACGAGAGUACAUAUUUAGUAAACAUUGGUAUGAAAGAAAAUGAAGAGAAGGCCUGCUUGAAAGAUCUUAAAGCAAAACUAGAUGCCGCCUAUAAUAAACUUGAGACACGAAUCAUGUUUGGAUGGUCAGAAAAGCAACAAGCACUUUCAAAAUCUAGUUCCCUACAGAAAGAAUCUGCUGAAAAUCUGAGAGACGAGAUUAGACAGUGUGGACAAAAAAUUAAGAAAGCAAGGGAAUUUGGAAUAGAAACCAAUUUAUUUCUCCUUGAAAGAGAAAUGGCAAAAAAAGUUCUCGAAUUUGAGGAAAAUUUUACCGCGCUUCGACAGCACUCAAGCAAAAUAUUAAUCACUCUUUCAGAAGCAAGUCCACUACAAGAAUCAUUAACAAAUAUUGAAGAUAUUUAUCAGGUAGAAAAACUGAAGGUUGAGCCACUUUUGCCUUCAUUUAAAACUACUAAAGAUUUCAAGAAAAGGACGUUGGCUUUAGAACAUGAGGUUAUGUUGAAUGUGGAUUUGCCUUACUUUUGCCUUUGGAUUGGAAAUUACAUUGUACUAUCAUAUAGUAAAUCAUCUAAGUUAGAAGCUUAUAAAGCAGAUGAUGGUUCACUUUUAACAACAUACCACUGGUGCUCUUCACCAACAUCAGUAACAGCAACUGAGAAUGAUGAGUUUGCUGUUGCCUCGUCAUCAUCAAACAAAAUGAAUAUAAUGAAGAUUAAACAAAGUCAGAUAAUCUUUUUGAGAAAAUUAGCAUGUCCAAAUCUUGAUCUGAUAGCUUAUGAUGAAAAGAACAAACAUCUUUUGUCAUUGUGUUGGUCAGGAACGGUGAUAAGAAUGAUAACACUUGAUGGUAGAUACGUUGGCUUCAUCGACUUGAUCGGUAUCGUACAAUCCCCCUGUCCAUCUACCCUCAACUUUCAUGUUGAUUCUCAGUCUGGACAUAUCUUUAUUUCAUCGCAAAACAGUUGUACAUUGCUUUGCAUUGAUAUGUCUGGAAGUAUUAUAUUCAAACAUGAAAUUGGGACACCAUGGUCAGCUAUUACAGACUCCCAGGGAAAUGUUUAUAUUGUAAGUUGCAGCGGGAAUCGUAUUCAACAACUUACUCCUAAUGGACAACCAAUUAGAUCAGACAUAUUAGGGGAUUGCAAUGUUGCUUAUCCAGUGACUAUGUGUUUCAAUAAAGAAAUAGACAAAAUGGUUGUAAUAUGUGGUGAAACACCAGUGAUGAUGAAAAUAUUCAAAUUUGAAUAA